AUGGAGGACCAAAAGUCAAAGAAACCUCUCAGAAGAAUUACCAACGUGCGUAUACCGGAUAAACCGUCGUCGACACUCUGGGACAUCACGAUCAACGAUGGGAGAAUUGCUUCGGUAGACAGCCAUGUCAAGGACUCGGACGGGCGCAGUGAAGACACGCUAGAUGGAGGCAAUCGUCUCAUAGCGCCAUCGCUUUGUCAUGCCCACAUCCACCUUGACAAGUGCUUCCUCCUACAAGACCCCAAAUUCAGCGACUUACAAAUCGAGAGCGGCGACUUCACCGAAGCCAUGUCGAUGACGGGUGAGGCCAAGUCAAGGUUUGAGGAAGAUGAUCUCCUGAGGAGGGGCGCGCGUCUCAUCGAAGAGAGUAUCCAACAAGGUGUGACCGCUAUGCGGGCGUUUGUAGAAGUGGAUGGGGUGGUGCACAUGAAAUGUUUGGACGCAGGUCUCAAGCUGAAAGAAAUGUUCAAGGAUCGCUGUGAAGUGCAAAUUUGCGCGUUCGCCCAGCUCCCGCUAUUCUCUGGUCAUGACGGGGGUGAGGAAGUAAGGAAGCUGAUGACCAGUGCUGCCUCGUUGGAGAAGGUGGCUGUGCUCGGAAGCACACCAUAUGUCGAGGAUGAUGAACAAAAGUCCAAGAAUAACGUGAAAUGGAUCACGCAGUUAGCACUCAAAUAUCAGAAGCAUCUAGAUCUCCAUCUUGACUACUUCCUGGAAGAAGACAAGAAGCCACUGGUCUGGGAUACCCUGGACAUGUUCAAAGAGCUCAAAUGGAAAGACAAGGCGGGAGACAGGCAGAUCACGUUAGGGCAUUGCACCAGAUUGACGAGAUUCCGGAACGACGAAUGGACGCAUUUGAGACAAGAAGUGGGCGACCUGCCGAUCUCUUUCAUAGGUCUGCCGACUUCCGACCUGUUCAUGAUGCGAACACCGGAGAAUGUGCGCGGGACUCUGCCGGUCAUUGAACUCAUCAACGAGUACGGGUUCAAUGCUGCCAUUGCCGUUAAUAACGUGGGUAACGCGUUCACACCGUACGGGAACUGCGAUCCUCUGAGCAUUGCAUCACUAGGUGUCGGUCUUUACCAGGCUGGUACAAAGAAAGACACCGAACUCCUAUAUGAAACCGUAUCUACACGGGCAAAGACCGCUAUUGGCUGCGAUUCGACGUCUCUCGCCCUAGAGCCGGGUCAGCCUGCCGACUUUGUGUUGUUCGACCGAAUGGACAGUGGCUGGCACUGCAGAAAGAGCGUGGUAGAGACUCGGCUAUUUGAGGACCGAGCUGACCGUGCUGCCGCCUGGACGAACGUCAUGGAAGCUCUCGACAGCGACAGCAUGUUCAAUAAUGCGCAGCAAUCGCGACACCCAACCGAAAUGAUCCACUCCGGAACGAUCAACGGCAGACACGAGCACGUGAGUCGUGGUCAUCAACCGACUAUCGGGCAGGUCGUUUACAUAUUCCUGGACAACAUCAAGCUCCGAUUCGGUGAACAUUCGACUGAGGUCAUCAGCAUCUUGAACAUCCUUGGUACAUUCCGAGCUGGAGAGAUGUCGAAGAAAGACACGCUCGUUGCGAUCAGGAACACGCUCGGAGACCACGCAGACCUCAAGCAAGAUCUUCUGAACAUCCUGUUUCACAGAGAGGCCGACUGGGCCGGCUCAUCAGCCUCAGAUGCGCUUACCCCGAAUCUCUCCACUAUGCCUUGGUCUUCCGUCACCAACGGUCCGAUGCUUGAUCAUGCGCAGUCUCCUACAGGCAAUCACUUCAAUUCGCCAGCAGUUUUUUACCAAACCCAACUGUCUCCAGCUCUCUCGCCAAGGAAGGGAAAGACUGCCACCGCCAGUCCAUCUGUGCUUGGAGUACCCGUCGCUGUACCCAUCGGCCAGCCCAUCGACGAGAUGCCCCCUCCAUUGAAGAAACGCCGUCGUCGUCAAAGCUCAACAAUUCAGGCUAAGGCGAAGGAGGAACCAAGAGAAGAAGAUGCCGAGAUCGCUGAUCGACUCUCAGUCUCAACACAGCCGGAAAAGAAGAUCAAAGAGGCAAACACCCUGUCGCAAGGAACAGGAGGGCCCUACAUUCACAGUCUGUGCGGCAAGGGAUUUUCCGGCAGGUCAAAGGUCAAGAAACACCACUGGGGUAAGAAGCUUGAUGAUCUGGAGACAACUAGCGGCUGUUGGGCGAAGAACAACAAGCCAGACGUGAGCUGGAACGAGCACCCGAGCUGCAGGGAGGGCGUAGCGCAACGAAAGCCUUCAUCGGCCGUUCUGAAACCGAUGACGUUGACCCAAGAAGCACCAUUGGUGCCUUCGAUGGUACCUACCUCUGGAGACCGCAACCACUCUUUUGCCGACGCUUCGCGGCCCCGCCGAGAGAGUGAGCAGCCUAUCGAAGACAUGAGCUCUUAUCAUUCUCAUCGGCUGCCAACUCGAUCAAGUUUCGACGACCUUCUCACUGCUGUCAACGUCGCAUCCGAGAUCGACGCGCCACGACCUCAAGGACGCAUCGACUCAGUGGUCUCUCAUCUUGAUGCUCAGGCAGCUGCUGCUGAACAGAACAGGCAGUACAUCACCAACUGGCAGAACGCUUCAGAUGAUCGUCGUGAGGAGUCUCUUGCAUACGGUCGCCAGUACCCAUACACUACACAGGGACUUGGCCUUCGAGGUGUUCACGUGCCAGUACACAUGGCUUUGCCGGUUCUUGAUGGAUCGUACCAGUACCCUCCUCCCUCACGUUCCUUCGCCGAUUCACACUGGAAUGACGGCAACGAGUUGGAGUUCGACGGAUCAAGGCGACAGUAUGCAGCUCUCGGAUCGCCGUUCUCACCUGGUGCAGAUGCAGAAUACCGCUAG